UUCAGUCUCUUUACUCCAUCAUUUUUGCGGUGCGAGUGCAACUUUUCGGUCGUGUCCAGAAUCGGGCUCAUCCGACACUUUCACUGUAAAUUUUCUUCUUUUUCAGAAGCUAAACAUCAAGCAAGAUGCCUCCCAAGUUCGAUCCCAAUGAAAUUAAAGUCGUGUGCCUCAGAGCUGUCGGAGGUGAGGUAGGAGCCACAUCGUCCCUUGCCCCCAAAGUCGGUCCUCUCGGCCUGUCCCCGAAGAAAGUCGGUGAUGACAUCGCCAAGGCCACGCAGGACUGGAAGGGUCUGAAGAUCACCGUUCAGCUGACGAUCCAGAACCGUCAGGCUAAGGUAUCCGUGGUGCCCUCCGCCUCCUCUCUGGUCAUCAAGGCCUUGAAGGAGCCGCCACGUGACCGCAAGAAGGUCAAGAACAUCAAACAUGACGGCAACAUCUCCUUCGACGAGAUCUUGAAGAUCGCUCGCAUCAUGAGGGAGCGCUCCAUGGCCCGUGAGUUCGUGGGCACAGUCAAGGAAAUCCUAGGCACAGCCCAGUCCGUUGGCUGCACCGUUGACAGCAUGCACCCCCAUGACGUCAUCGACAAGAUCAAUGCUGAAGAGAUCGAAGUGCCAGAGGAAUAACUUGUUUGCAACAACAGUACUGGAUUGGUAGCUUGGGCCUAGCCCUGACACAACGACCUAACAACUAGAUCUCAUUGGAUUGGAUCAUAACAAGGGUUAAACCAGGCUAGACGAACAUGUAUUGAAACAAAAAUGUGAAGAAUAAAAUAACAUACAAUACAAAAAAAAGAGAACAGAAA